AUGACAACAAAGAAAUUGAAUAUUCCAGAUGAAAUUAUGAGUAAGAAAGAUCCAGAACAAUAUUUUCAGAUUGUUGAAAAACUUGGAGAAGGAUCAUAUGGAUCAGUUUGGAAAGCAAUAAACAAAGCAACUGGUAUUCCAGUUGCUAUUAAGCGUGUUUCAAUAGACAAUGAUUUAGAGGAUAUGAAAAAGGAAAUCAAUUUCAUGAAACAAUGCAAGAGUCAACAUAUUGUAACAUAUCACGGUAGUUUCAAGAAGGACAAUGAAAUUUGGAUCGUAAUGGAGUAUUGUGGUGCUGGAUCGGUUUGCGAUGCAAUGAAAAUCACAGGAAAGACAUUGUCUGAGGAGCAGAUUGCAGUGGUUAGCAAGGAUUGUCUACAGGGUCUAGCUUAUUUGCACUCGGUGCGUAAGAUUCAUCGUGAUAUCAAAGCCGGAAACAUCUUGUUGAACAACAACGGUGAGUCGAAGCUCGCCGACUUUGGUGUCAGUGGACAACUCGAUGGAUCGAUCGUCAAGGCACAGACCGUCAUUGGUACACCAUUCUGGAUGGCACCAGAGGUUAUCCAAGAGGUCGGUUACGAUUACAAAGCCGAUAUCUGGUCGUUCGGUAUCACCUGUAUCGAAAUGGCCGAGUCGAAACCACCACUUUUCAACGUACAUCCAAUGCGUGUCAUCUUUAUGAUUCCGAAUCCAUCGCGUCCACCUCCCAAGUUGACCGAACCCGAGAAAUGGUCGGAUGAAUUCAACGAUUUCAUCGCACUGUGUCUCACCAGAAAGCCAGAGCAGCGUCCCACUGCCGUCGACCUCUUGAAACAUCCAUUUAUCACACGCGCCAAGUCACAUUCACUUUUGAUUCCACUGAUUGACGAGCAAGACCAGAUUAUCGGUGAGAAAGGUCGUGAGGCUGCACUUGGAUUGGACACCAAGGAGGACGACGAAGAAGAGGAGGAAGAGGAGGACGACGAGGAAUCCGGUGGAAGCGACCAGGGCACUAUGAGACCAGCCAGAAGAAACAACCAUAACGACGAUGACGAAGAGGAGCAAUACGACAGUGGAACCAUGGUAAUCACAGAAAAUAACAACUACGACACAAUGGUUGUCAACAACGACGAUGACAACAACGACAUCUCUGCAACCAUGAAGAUGAACAGCUCAAAGAAACCAUUCGUUCCAGCAUAUAUGUCACAGUUUGCCAAACAAGAAAACAACUCCAACAGUGGUACAAACAGCAAAUACUCUGGACUCUCACUGGAAGAUCUACAAAAGAAACUCGAGGAAAUCGAACUCGAUAAAGAUCAGAAAAUCAAGGAAAUCAUGGAGAAAUACAAUAUUGCAAAACAAUCAUUAUCAUCUGUCAUUGAUGAAAAGAAAUCAUCUUUAGUAAGAUAA